GGAGGCGAAUUAUUCCCAAUUGCUUUGAGCUUGAAGAUUAAAGACGCAGCGAUGAGCGCCACAGAGACAAUCACCAGGAUAACGGCCGACAAUGUCGCUGAUAUCUUUCCCGACGUCGAUACCUCGCUAGCCCGGGAAGUUCUUCCCCAGGCGACGACUACCUCGGUCGCGAACAGCAAUGAUCUCGCUGGAUACGAUGAGGAGCAGGUCCGUCUUAUGGAUGAGGUCUGCAUCGUCUUGGAUGACGAUGAUAAGCCGAUUGGGAGCGCUAGCAAGAAAACAUGCCAUUUAAUGACAAACAUCGAUCGCGGCCUCCUACAUCGCGCCUUCUCCGUUUUUCUCUUCGACUCCCAGAACCGCCUCCUUCUACAACAGCGUGCCUCCGAGAAAAUCACCUUUCCGGACAUGUGGACGAAUACCUGCUGCUCGCACCCGCUAGGGAUCCCUGGUGAAACGGGGUCGCAGCUGGACGCGGCGAUCCUGGGUGUAAAGCGCGCAGCGCAGAGGAAGUUAAACCACGAGCUGGGGAUUAAGCCGGAGGAGGUCCCUAUUGAGAAAUUUGAGUUCUUCACAAGGAUUCAUUAUAAGGCGCCGAGUGAUGGGAAGUGGGGAGAGCAUGAGAUUGACUAUAUCCUCUUUAUCCAGGCGGACGUCGUUCUCGAGCCAAAUCUCAACGAAGUCCGCGACACGCGAUAUGUGUCUGCGGACGAGCUGAAGGAGAUGUUCAAGCAGACCAAUCUGAAAUUCACACCGUGGUUCAAGCUCAUCUGCAACUCGAUGCUGUUUGAGUGGUGGAGCCACCUUGGUUCUCCUUCACUGGAUCAGUACAAGGGGGAGACGCAGAUACGUCGGAUGUGAGGGCGAAGGAAAGCGAGGCGAAUGGACAUAACUUCAUGAUGAUAUAGCAGCGUUAUUCCCCAGAUGCAUAUAUUGGCUAGCAUAAACGUCAUCUUAUUUCCGGCUUGUUCUGAACAUAGCAGAUACAUUAAUAUUACAUCGUAUUCGGC